UUGAUCUUUCGCGAAAAAAAAAAAGGUUUUUGUAAGGAUUUUUUUAGGGUUUACAACUUUUGAUAGUUCAAGAGGGUAGUGAACCACUAAACCCUAAAAAGUUUGUUGGUUUUUUUUUUAUUAUUAUAAAAUUAAGAAAUUAAAGAAAUGGGUAGGAUUCCAUGUUGUGAAAAGGAGAGUGUGAAGAAGGGUCAAUGGACCCCUGAGGAAGAUCAUAAGUUAUCUUCUUAUAUAGCUCAACAUGGGACUCGAAAUUGGCGGUUGAUUCCUAAGAAUGCAGGACUCCAAAGAUGUGGGAAGAGUUGUCGGUUAAGGUGGACUAACUACCUGCGACCGGAUCUAAAACAUGGGCAGUUCUCGGAUGCUGAGGAACAAAUCAUUGUCAGGCUACAUUCCGUCUUAGGAAAUAGGUGGUCAGUCAUCGCGGCGCAAUUGCCAGGACGGACAGAUAACGAUGUCAAGAAUCACUGGAACACGAAACUGAAAAAGAAGCUAUCGGGCAUGGGGAUAGAUCCGGUGACACAUAAGCCAUACUCGCACCUCAUGGCGGAGAUAGCCACCACUCUAGCCCCGCCACAGGUGGCUAACUUAGCCGAAGCAACUCUCGGUUGCUUGAAAGAUGAAAUGCUACAUCUCCUCACCAAGAAACACAUAGAUAUUCAGUUCCAAUCACCGGUUGUGCAGGUGCAUCCUGCACAACCGAUGAUUAACAACAACGGCACCACAUCACCUUCUUAUCACAUGACUUCAAAACACGAAGUUAAUGAUGAUGAUACCAUUGAAAAGAUCAAGAUUGGAUUAUCGAGGGCGAUUAUACAAGAUCAAGAUCAUGCAAAUACACCAUCAAACAAACUUUGGGACAUGAGUCAUGGAGCAACAUCUGAAAAUUUCCCUGGAUUUCAUUAUGCUUUACCAUCUUUUGGUCAUGAAGGAGAGGGGUCUCCAUGGAGUCAAAGCAUGUGCACUGGAAGCACGUGCACAGCAGGUGAUCAACAAGGUCAGUUUCAUCAAAAAAUGGUGGAUGAAAAUGGUGAUGAGUCUGAAGGUGAGAAGGAUGCAAGAAAUGUUUCAAGUAUGUUUAGCCAGGAUUGUGAUUUGUGGGAUUUACCAUCCAAUGAUCUCAUGAAUCCUUUGGUAUAAAUAUAUAAGAGAUGCAUGGUUAACAUAAAAUAGAAUGUCCAAGAUUUAAUAAAUGUAAUGAUGUUCAUUAAACAAGAAUGUCAUCUUAUACCACAUGUAUGGUGCAAAAAAAUUAAUCAUUUAAGCAUCCCGAAUAAGGGAGUGUCUGAAAAUGAUUAUUGGAAUGGUUUAUCUACGUAUUGUGUUUUGAUA